CGUUUGUACAUUGACCUCUCUCUCUCUUAUUUGUUGUUCUUAUUCCUAUGUCGUGUCGUGUCUGUUCUUAAACCCCAUCCAUCGAUAACUGAAACUAAGCAUGAGCUGUUUUUUUUUCCUUUUACUGACGAAACUACCCUCAAGUCAUUUUCGUUCUUCAGUUCUUUCUUCUUCUUCUUCUUCUUUUUGAUUAGAAGACCCCAUGAGAAGUUUAAAUUCUCCUCACUGACACAUUUGUUUUCUCUUUCAAUCUUUAGCAGAGAACCCUGAACCAAAGUUUUCAUCUUUCUCUUUCAAUUUGUGUCUUUUUGGAAGGGUCUUUUCAAAAGCAAGAAUCUUGAAAAAAAUGGGUAUGGGAACAAGCACUUUCGUUAUCAGAUGGGUCAAUCUUCUUACAAUGCUAUUGGCUGUGGCAGUGAUUAUAUUUGGGGUGUGGAUGAGUACACAUAAUGAUGGAUGCAGAAGGUCACUUACAUUUCCAGUCAUAGCUCUUGGUGGUUUCAUCUUCUUGAUAUCCAUAAUCGGGUUUCUUGGCGCGUGCAAGAGAAGUGUGGCGCUUCUUUGGAUUUAUCUUGUCGUGCUCCUAAUCGUUUUGAUCGCAAUUCUUGUCUUUACCGUAUUAGCGUUCAUUGUAACAAACAAUGGCUCCGGACAUACUAACCCUGGUUUAAGGUACAAGGAGUAUAAGCUGAAUGAUUACAGCUCAUGGUUUCUAAAACAGCUUAACAAUACUAAUAACUGGAAAAGACUAAAGAGUUGUCUUGUUAAAUCAGAGCAAUGUAGGAAGCUUUCCAAGAGAUAUAAGACAAUUAAACAAUUGAAAUCCGCAGAAUUAACUCCCAUAGAAGCUGGCUGUUGUCGACCACCAUCUGAGUGUGGUUACCCUGUGGUGAAUGCUUCCUACUACGACUUGAGCUUUCAUUCAAUAAGUUCUAACAAAGAUUGCAAGCUUUACAAGAAUUUGAGGACCAUCAAGUGCUACAAUUGUGAUUCUUGCAAAGCUGGAGUAGCUCAGUACAUGAAAACCGAGUGGCGACUUGUCGCGAUCUUCAAUGUGGUUCUGUUUGUUGUCUUGUCAAUGGUUUACUUUGUGGGAUGCUGCGCUAGAAGGAAUGCUGCUAGUUACCGAUCCAAACCUUAGCAAAAUCGAAGCCCAAGUUGGCCAAGGUUAAAAACAUUCUUCACCUGAUUCAUUCUCCCCAAAUCUAUUCUUAUGUUGGUGUAUGAUUCCAAAAGAGAGACACAAGAGCAACAACAACUUCUCUCUCUCUCAUUCUUUUGUACUCUGUAAUCCACAUGAGUUGUAGAAACAGUUCAAAACAGAGCAAAUGUGAUUCUUUUCUUCUCCUUUCA